UACACGCAUACAGACGAGUCCAUUAAGAAGGCUAAAAGAUCGUUUUUAGUAGAUAGUAGCAAGCACCCAAAAAAAAGGGGGGGUUUAGUCCCAGUCUCCUCAGCAGCUUUAGUAGCUACAGUAGCAGUUCUGGGAUGUGUCCCAGUUUUGAGCGCCGCCCUCGGACAGCGGCUCAGAGAGUCUGUCAGACGGAGUGAGAAAGUCGUUUUUCCUCACAGCUCCUAAUUUCAGCGACGAUUCUGGAAGGUGGGAGAGUUCACGUUAAUUUAUAAGAAUGGGCAUGACGGUGCGGGCCAAGCCAAGGGUGUAGCCACAUCUGGCAGAGCGAGCUGAGCAACGCAGAGCAGGAACCUCGGCACACCAAGACAUCUGCUGCAGAGGGGAAGAUGGGAAAGAUGGAGGAGGAGAGCCACAAUGUCGGGAAGCUGUUUGAGAACUUCAUCCAGGCCUCCACCUGUAAAGGGACUCUGCAGGCCUUUAACGUCCUCUGCAGACGUUUGGACCUUGACCCGGCGAACCACAACACUUUCUACUGCAGCCUGAAGGCAAAGGUCACCUCUUGGAAGGCCAAAGCACUUUGGACCAAGUUAGACAAAAGGAUGUCCCACAAGGAGUACAAGAAAGGUCAAACUUGUGUGGGGACAAAGUGCCUCAUCAUCGGAGGAGGCCCGUGUGGCUUGCGGACUGCCAUCGAGCUUGCCUUGAUGGGUGCCAAGGUGGUGGUGAUGGAGAAGAGGGAUUCCUUUUCAAGGCACAACGUGCUCCAUCUUUGGCCCUAUACCAUCCAUGACCUGCGGAGCCUCGGGGCCAAAAAGUUCUAUGGAAAGUUCUGUGCCGGAGCCAUCGACCACAUCAGCAUUCAGCAGUUGCAGCUCAUCCUCCUGAAGGUGGCUCUGAUUGUUGCUGUGGAGUUUCACGUCAAUGUGGAGUUUAUUAAGCUGCUGGAGCCUCCAGAAGAUCAGCAAAACGAAGCGAUUGGGUGGAGGGCCGCAAUCCGACCUGCAGAUCACCCGGUGGCUGGCUUCGAGUUUGAUGUGGUGGUGGGGGCCGAUGGGCGGAGAAACACGCUGGAAGGUUUCAAAAGGAAAGAGUUCAGAGGUAAACUGGCAAUCGCCAUCACAGCCAACUUUAUCAACAGGAACACAACUGCGGAGGCGAAAGUAGAGGAGAUCAGCGGAGUGGCCUUCAUUUUCAACCAGAAGUUCUUUCUUGACCUCAAAGAAGAGACAGGCAUUGAUCUGGAGAACAUCGUCUAUUACAAAGAUAACACACAUUACUUUGUCAUGACGGCAAAGAAACAGAGUCUGCUGGACAAAAAAGUUGUCCUCAAUGAUUACAUGGACACUCAGAUGCUGCUGAGCAGCGAAAAUGUCAACCAGGAAGCCCUUCUGAGCUACGCCCGAGAAGCUGCUGACUUUGGCACCAACUAUCAACUUCCCACUCUCGAUUACGCCAUGAAUCACUGCGGGCAGCCAGAUGUGGCCAUGUUUGACUUCACAAGCAUGUAUGCGUCUGAGAAUGCCGCUCUGGUCAGGGAGAGAUCCGGACACCAGCUGCUGGUGGCUCUAGUUGGUGACAGUCUGCUGGAGCCCUUCUGGCCAAUGGGAACUGGUUGUGCCAGAGGUUUCCUGGCUGCGUUUGAUACGGCCUGGAUGGUAAAGAGCUGGGCUGAAGGCCGGACGGUUCUGGAAGUUCUGGCUGAAAGGGAGAGUAUUUAUCGACUUCUACCACAAACGACUCCUGAAAACAUUGCCAAAAACUUUGACCAGUACACUAUCGACCCUUCAACUCGAUACCCCAACCUCAACUCCUCAUGCGUUAGACCUCACCAAGUGCGUCACCUGUACGUCACUGGAGAGCUGAAUUCCUGCUCCCUGGAGCGUGCUGCUACCAUACGACGGCCCGUCAAUCUCUACAGACGAGAGUCUGAGAUCCGGCCAUCGCGGCUCCUUUCCUGGUGCCAGAAACAGACCGAGGGCUACAGGAAUGUCUCCAUCACAGACUUGGCGUCGUCUUGGAGAAGUGGCAUCGCCCUGUGUGCCCUCAUUCACAGAUUUAAACCCCAGCUGAUAGACUUUGACUCUUUAAAUGAGGAAGAUCACACUGCAAACCUCCAGCAAGCUUUCGACAUCAGCGAUCGGGAAUUUGGGAUUCGCCCGUUCACUUCUGCAUUGGACCUGAGCGCUGGUGAGGAGCUGGACAAAACCAGGAUGACUGCUUACCUGUCGAAGUUCUACGAGCUUUUCCGUGGGACUCCUCUGCCUCCGUCGGCAGAUUCCAGAAGAGUGGAUGAAAACAAUGAAGAAUAUCCCUCAGAGGAAGUCAAAGCUAAUAAUAAUGAUCUCAAUCUUGCACUGACAAGGAAGCGAGUACCAAAGGAUGAGAAGAAGUCGGACGGUACAGACUCUAUUUACAAAAGGAGGCGGAGAUUCUUCUAUCUGGAUGAGGCCACUAACAUGCGUAGUAAUGGCUCAUCAGUCCAACACGAACGGGAGCCCAAAGAAAACAAAGUUCGCUCAAUGGCUUCGCAGCUACAGGCCAAGUUUGAAAACAAGAACAACUACACGUUUCAAAAAACACAGGGAGGUUCGGUAAGAAGGACGUUUUCCCAGUCGGCUGACAAGUGCUACUCUUGCUCCAAGCGUGUUUACAUGGUUGAGAGGGUCUGUGCCGAGGGGUUCUAUUUCCACCGGGAAUGUUUCCGGUGUUCCACCUGCAACUGUUCUCUCCCACAGGGAGCGCAUGCGUUCAACUCAGAAGAAGGGAAACUCUACUGCAAACUUCAUUUUCACCAGCGCAACAAUGGGACAAAUCUGCGAAGGACUUUUUCUCUACCUCCAAAUCGGAAUCGAGCUCAGGAUCAAAUAGCUGCAGACGGAGAAAGCUCCCAGUCCAGCAGAUCGGCAGAGCUGGAGAGCCCGCCUGCGGCAGGUACCUGCACUUCGUUCAUAAAGAAAAAGCUGAACUGGUCGCUGAGUGUGACGCGCGCCGUCUGUAACGCCCCCUGGUAUCUGUCUCACCGCGCUCGCAGCGCAGCACAGGCCCUCGCCGGCCACCUAAGAGACAACGCCCAUGACUACACGUUACUGUACGAGCUACUGAGCAUGAGCUUACCCCUGUUGUUUGUUUUACAAGAGGUUCUGCUCCAGUUGCACACUGAGACCGUUCCUGAUGAGCCGAGCACCUUGCAACCUGUACUGCUUUGGCUGCAAGAGCAGAUCGGGCACAGGCUCAUCUAGUUUCUCAACAGGGCAAAAAAACUGUUUUAAUUUUCUCCCUCUUACCACUGGUGCACACUGAUUGAAUUGCUAUCAUUACUUGUACAUGCAUGGAAGCAGGAUUUUGAUGUUUACUCAUUUGUGAAAGCAUUGGAUGCAUCUGUGCAUCUGCCAAAGAGGAGAAAACCGACCAGUUAUGAGGUGAGCAAAUGCAUUAAAUGGUUUGAAAUCAGAAUCAGUAGAUUGUAGUCAUUAGACUGAUUUAGUCCUAUCACCGUUACUGUAGAUUUGCUCUAGUUAAUAGCUGUUUCUGAGUCUUGUGGUUAGAGAUAUGACUCAUGAACUCUAUGCACUUUAUUUUGGAGAAUUGUUUUGUCUACGUAGCGAUAAACUGUCACCUUGGACAAAAAAGUCCACUCUCAUGUUAGCAGCCAUCACAGUUUUAUUCAAAAUAAACGUAUUAUUUCGAGAUGCUGGCAGAGCUGUGUUUUACUGACACUGUGGUAAUUCUCUGUUUGAUCUUAUGAAUUGUUUUCAUUCAUUUUAGUUUUUCAUGAAUAUCACCAAAGAGUCUACCACUGUCGUUAACUUUGGGGAGUGUUUUGCUUUAUUUUGCUGCCAUCUACUGGUGCCUCAAAAGAUGGCAGCCGAACAAGUUUUUCCCCUAUUUUAUGUUAUUUUAUUUUUGAUUACCAUUUUUAACACCCCCAUGUGUUUAAUAUGGUCAGAUUUACUUUGAUCUGAAUGCACACUGUAAAGUGUUUGAAUGUCUUUGCCAUUUUUUUUUUUUCAAAGCAUGUUGUUGGAUAAUCAACUGCAAACCUCUCUGACUGGAACCAACCAGCUGCUUCCUAUAAAAGUACGCAGUCUAAUGACGCUCACAGGGCUCUUUAGAUUUAGUUUCACAUGUAGAGAUUUAUUUGAAAAUGAUUGCUGACAUCCAAUGCAUCUUCUAAAGUGUUUACGGCGUGGUAAAAUUUUAUGUUUCGCUACGAGCUUUAUAAUAUUUUGAAUCUGCAGCUGAAUGUCUUGUUUACUGUUCAAGAGGAAAACAUCAGUGUUUCAAAAUGCCAAAGGACUUUUGUAAGCAGACAAACUGGACUUGUAUAAAAUAUAACUUAUACAUCUUCAUCGCAAAUGAAUCUUUACGUAUCUGUGUUGGCUCAUUGUGAAAGUCGAUAUCUUUUUUGCAUAAACGUAAAAUUCUUGUGUACGUUCAGGUGUUUUGUUGUUGUCCUUAUUCCGAUGUCAGUGUUUCAGCACCUGUUUAUCUCCUUUUAUCACUCAGCCGACGACUUUUAUGAAGCAUUUGAAGCACACGGAUGGUUAGAAGAAAUUACAUUUUGAAGGUGAUUCCCUGCAUGACCACAUGGUUUGUGCUGUGAACACUUCAUUGUUGCAGUGUCUAAUAUGAGUGACAAACUGGGAAGAUUGGUUUCUCUAAAAUCAUGUCUGAUGUGUGGCUUCUGUGUUUCCAGUGUUUUAUCAGUCCUUGAUUUGUCUGAGGAAGCUGCUUAUGCUUAGCCUGACUUGAGACUUUGACACUCACAAGGUGUGACUUGUUCUAAACCAGAUUUUCCCACAUCUUUUAUGAUUACUGUCUAGUUCCAAGUAACACCGCCUGCUAGGAGUUCUUAAUGAUUUUUCCCCAUUCGCUUCACUUUGAGAAGUUUCCAAUAAUGCGACAAUGUAAACAAAUGACUAUGUUGGCUGUUUAGUGCUGGCUACCAAUUUAAUUGUUUGUAAUUACCCUCCAAAAACUGACACCAAAAUUUAAAGCUGGAGAAUUCAACUGAAGGACCUUCUUAAGUCAGAAUUUAAAGUUUGGAAACUGAGGUGUUCCUCACUAACCCUAAACUGUUUUGUGUUUUUGUUUUCCUGCCCUUCUGAUGGUUUGUUUCUCAUUAAAUCAGUGGCAAACCCCUCUAGCAAUGUUUGUGACUACAGAUUCCUUUGCUGUUUGCUAACUAAAUUGAAUAUUACAGAAACAACAAUAUUUUUUUAUCGCAUUUGUUUUGAAAAUCAGAAUAUUCAGUGAUCACUAUCAACUCAUUACAAGUCAAGAAUCUUUGUUCUUCACAGUGACUUGAUGAUUUUGGGCAAAAGCACUAAAUGGUAGAACAAUAGAUUCAUGACACAUAAUUUUCCCUCGGUUAUUUAAAUCACUCAUCUACAUCUAAUGGUUGUCAUAUAUAUCAAUUCAUAAACAUAUAUAUUCAUCUUUGUAAGACCUCAACUAAUAAUUGGCCAUUUAAUUCUAAAAGCUGCAAUGUAAAUGACACAAAUUUUCACUCUGAGGAAGAGGGAAAGUUUAUAAAAUUACUUUUUUUAUGUUUUAAUAAGACUUUCUAAAAAAACAAUACAAUUCUUUCUGUAUGUAUUUAGUUUGCAAAAUAAAACCAAAACAUUUAACAGUGUACAUUCUCUGUUGAAUUGUAUAUAUAUUUUUUGCCUCCUACAUUUAGGAGCUGCUGAAGAAGAGACGUGUAUCUUGUGGCUCCCAGGACUGCAAGUUACAACUUAAACUUCAUUAUUUCUCAUUGCUGAUAAUUUGAUUUUAUAGCAACGUUAAACUGUCUGUUAGUAAUCUGUUCAUGUGCUCAUCAUCACUGUAUGGAUGUUUUUGUUGGACUGCUUUGACCUAGUAUUGUACAUCACAUGGUGGCUCUUUUUAUCAAAUAACAUUAUAUUUAACAGCAUAGGCUGUUAUAUUUUUUUUUUUUCUUGACCAAAAUUAACAAGACAAUUCUUCAUGCAUCAAUUAAAAAAAAAAAUUCAAA